AUGUUGUCACAAGACCCAUUUCCACAACGUUCGCACUCCUGCGAGAUGAUCAUGUCGCUUGCGGUCGCUUUGGAGCGGGAGAUGUCCCAUAUCAGACCAGACCAGCUGUCAGAUCUUCUCUUCUCGAUGCGAGACUUGUUCUGGAACCACCCUUUGAUCAAAACAACAUUUUAGCAUUGUGAGGCUUUACAUUAUCACUUUUCCUGUUCACUCCCUGCGACAUGCCUAGGCACGGAAAACAUAGAAAACAUGCUCAUAAAUCCUCGGGAGGACAUUCCUCGUCGAAGAGGGCCCCAUCCACUACCACCACCUCCUCUUCCUCCGAACAAGAGUACUCGGAGCCAGAAGCUGAAAACACACCCAUCCAGGUGACGCCAAGUUUUCUGUUCUCUGUCAAUCGCCAGGAGCUUAACGAGGAUCCCGAGGAAGGAGGCAUCCCUCCCAAUCAACAAAUUGACCCGAACACUCUUCUCUGGUCCCCACCAGCGUAUCGCGCUGGGUUUGGUCAACAGCGCCCAGGCACCAUGUACCGCUGGCAUGAUGGUCAGGUCAGUCGAGCCACGGAUGCACCGAACGGCGCCGGUCUCACCCUAUUCAAAGCCGUAACUAUGUUUUACUGCAAUCCUUUCAACCAAUUUGUUGUCACCGAUGGCGAUGUCAGAUUUAGGGAUUUACCAGGUUCUCCGGCUCCUCAGGAUCGAUGGUACCCCCUCUGCUUCCACCACUUGGAUAAAGUCUCGUACUUGGACUUCGCAGGCGAAUAUACUUAUCUUGCUGGCAAUAAGGCCGGAUUCAUCCGUGGACUUGGGCUUGAUUCUUAUAAAAAUCAAGAAGAUAAUGCGCCACGGGCAGGAGGUCUGGCUGGCAACCUGGCUAUGCUCAUUGGUUUGAUAGCGUUCUCUUGCAGAACCGGAGAUCUUGAUAGAGUUCUCAUCGACGACAAGGCUUGGCGCUACCAUGAAUGGAGGGGACAUGAUCGACGCCAUGGUCGGCGCGAUGCAAGAGGCUUAUUCGUCACGGUCUAUCUAGACCCUCGAAACCCAGACGGCUCCACAGAUCUGGUGCUACGCGAAAUUGAAUACCGUAAAGGCGCUCUCCUGUCUUGAUCAGCACGCAAAGCCCCAAAUGCUGUUUGAAGGUUGACCGGCUCCUCUACCUUCACUUCUAGACGAAGAGCAAGUCUUGCUUUCUACCAUAUACGUUAUCGGGGAUCUGCGAAACCAAAAUGCCUAGCCCCAACGAAUCUCCUUUCGAUCAUACAUACGUUUCGAAGAUAAUGAUUUUCGGUCUGGAGUCUGAUGACGACCUGUUGGUUUGUUUUUCAAUCCUGGGCUGUUGACGCUUAAGUGCUAUCCGCCCAUCAGAUUAGCUGUCACUUCUUUGCUGC